ACAGCUGCUUCUAUUCUCGCCGCAAUGUCACAAAUCCCAUCAGGCACCAUUUAUUCACUUGCCAGCACUUCUAAUACCCUACAGAACUUCUCUGUUCCGACUUCUCAGAUAUUUGCACCACCACCACCAAACACUCACAUGACGUUGCCUCAUUUUCUUAACGUUCCCGCUCACAACAAUAUCCACAGUGCUGGAGAUAACAGCGAUUCAGACUGAUCGGAGUUUUUUUCACUGCCGGAAGACCAAAAUUGAUAUCACUUGAACAACAAAUAUCUUCUCUGCUCCAUUGCUCUUAGGACUGGCACCGUAUGUCAUGUUCUGGCUCCUUGUUGCCUUCGUGUUCCCACACGUUGCAUAUGCAUCUAUGACAUUGUACUACUUAUUCCAUUCAAAUGAACAGAUUUUCCAGUAG